AUGCCUACCGUUGCAGUAAAUAAGUAUGAUCUCUUCGAGGCUCUUGGCCAGCAGUACACCACCGAAGAAUUCGAUGAGCUCUGCUUCGAGUUUGGUAUCGAGUUGGACGAAGAUACUGAGGGCGAUGCCGACAGACCAAAAGACCAGCCGCCUCAACUCAAAAUUGAAAUUCCCGCCAACAGAUAUGACAUGCUCUGCCACGAGGGUAUUUCCCUAAUGUUGAACAUCUUCCGUGGAAAGACCCCAAUGCCAAAUUACCGUGUCGUUCCUCCCGCUGAGGGCCAAGUUCACGAGAUCCAUGUCCAUGAAUCGACUACUCAAAUCCGGCCGUAUGUCUCCGCUGCUGUGCUGCGUGGGAUCAAGUUCACCCAGGACCGAUAUGACUCAUUCAUUGCGCUCCAAGAUAAACUUCACCAGAACCUGUGUCGCCAGCGUACAUUGGUGUCUAUGGGGACCCAUGAUCUCGACACAGUAAAGGGACCCUUCACCUACGAGGCCCUCUCACCGGAGGAGAUUGUCUUUACGCCAUUGAACCAGGAGAAGGUUAUGAACGGGAAGGAAUUGAUGGAGUUCUACGAGAACGACAGGAACCUCGGGAAAUACCUCCACAUCAUCAGGGACUCGCCCGUGUACCCUGUUAUCCUCGACGCUGAGCGCAACGUCUGCUCACUCCCCCCAAUCAUCAACAGCAACCGCUCAAAGAUCACUCUCGACACCCGAAAUGUCUUUAUUGAGGUCACAGCGACUGACCGCACCAAGGUCGAGAUCGUUACCAACAUCCUCGUCGCAAUGUUCUCCCAAUACUGCGACGAAGCUUUCACCGUGGAACCCGUCAAGAUUGUCUCUACCCACAACUCCGAGUCCCGUGAAGUACCCAAUCUCACCCCCCGCUCCACAACCGCCGAAAUCAGCUACAUCAACUCGUGCUGCGGUCUCUCCCUCACCGCCGAGGAGAUCUGCAAGCUCCUCGAGAAGAUGUCCUUCAUUGCCAAACCCUCCACCACAGACGCCGACAUAAUCGAUAUCGAGGUCCCCGUUACCCGCGCCGACGUACUCCACCAAUGCGACAUCAUGGAAGACGUCGCGAUUGCCUACGGCUACAACAACCUUCCCAAGACCUUCCCCGGCAAAUCGGGUACCAUCGCCGCUCCUCUUCCCCUCAACAAGCUCGGCGACAUUGUACGUCUCGAGGCUGCAAUGUGUGGAUGGAGUGAGGUGAUGCCGCUCAUCCUGUGCUCGCACGACGAGAACUUUGCGUGGCUCAACCGCACCGACGACGGCAAGACGGCCGUGAGGCUCGCCAACCCAAAGACCGCAGAGUACCAGGUUGUGCGUACCUCGCUGCUGCCCGGUAUCUUGAAGACAAUUAGGGAGAACAGGAAGCACUCGCUCCCAAUCAAGGUUUUUGAGAGCAGCGAUGUUGCGUUCAAAGAUGAGAGUCUGGAGAGGAAGAGUCGCAACGAGAGACAUUUUGCGGCGGCGAUCUGCGGGAAGACAAGUGGAUUUGAGGUAGUCCAUGGUCUGCUGGAUAGAGUUAUGGCCAUGUUGUCUACGGGUGUGAAGGAGAGCGGUGCGGAGGAGGCGAAGGAGGGAUACUGGAUUGAGGCCUGCGACGACCCAACAUACUUCCCUGGCCGCGCAGCCAGUAUCUGGAUCAGCUACCAGGACGGCAGAAAGGCGUCAAUUGGAACCUUUGGAAUUCUUCACCCCUCCGUUCUGGAGAAGUUUGAAAUCCCAUACCCGGUUUCGGCGAUGGAGAUAAAUCUCGAGGCAUUCUUGUAG